UGGGUAGCAUAUCCCAUCCAAUGUGUGUGGACUGGUGGCCCGCCCAGGGACAUCGCAAAUAGACCAAAUCGCGAAUAUUCACGACGAAAUUCACGACGUCGCCAAUUUCGUCGUGAAUAUUCGCAAUUUAGUCUAUUUGCGAUGUCCCUUCAGGGCCACCAUAAAUGUGAUCUGCUACAGGUGACGAAUGGGAUGGAUUUGUUCAAUCUGAGGACUCUUAUGUUUGACUGAAAACUAUGUUUGAGAAACAGGCAGAACUGUGAUUGAACAACAAAAGGAAAAGGGUCUUUGUGUAUCUCAUCAUCCCCAACCGAUGAAAGUAUCGGAAGAUUUAUUACAAUUAAGAAUAAAGAAGAAUUCUGAGCAGAAGCAGAGUAGUAAUUCUCCCUCAAUCAUGAUUGGGUAUUGCUCUGUCAGCGACUUCUACGCCGGCAAGACCCUGAUGAUCACCGGCGCCACCGGUUUCAUCGGCAAGGUGAUGUUGGAGAAACUCCUCCGGUGCUGCCCGGACAUCAGAAAAGUCUUCCUCCUCGUCAGACCAAAAUCAGGCAUAAAGGCGUCCGCCCGUAUUGAGGAAAUCACUUCCGGAAUAUUGUUUGAAAAAGUCAGGGAAGCACAGCCAAACUUCCAGUCAAAGCUUAUCCCCAUUGAGAGCGACCUGAUGGACUCCGACCUAGGGUUAAAAGAAGAAGACAUUAGGACUCUUCAGGAUGAGACAGAGCUUGUGUUUCACAUGGCAGCCACCGUUAGAUUUGAUGAAAAGCUAUCACAUUCCCUUCACUUGAAUGUACAAGCCACAAGAAAAAUCCUGGAACUGAGCCGAGGCAUGAAGAAAUUACUGGUGUUUCAACAUGUAUCAACAGCGUACGCUUACUGCGACAGAACAAAGAUAGAGGAAGUUUUUUACCCUCCUCCUGUUGACCCAUACAAGAUCUUGGAUGCCGUAGGAUGGAUGUCGGAAGAUAUAAUCCAGGAACUAACACCCAUGCUGCUGGGCAAGAGACCAAACACAUACACCUUCACCAAGGCUCUGGCGGAGUAUGUCGUUAAAGAAGAGGGUAAAGGGUUGCCCGUUUGCAUCACGAGGCCGUCCAUCGUCGGAGCGUCGUGGAAAGAACCCUUCCCCGGAUGGGUAGAUAAUUUCAACGGCCCCAGUGGACUCUUUAUUGCUGUGGGGAAAGGCUUGUUGAGAAUGAUGAUCGGCAACGAGGAAGCCAUCGUGGAUUUUUCUCCUGUUGAUUUCGUAGUGAAUGCGAUAAUAGGUGCAACGUGGCAUACAGGUAUCUAUAAACCUGCUACCAUACCCAUCUACAACUUGGUCUCCAGUCCUACCAAUCCUCACUUAUUAGGAGACCAGACUAAAGUUGUUUCACAACUGUACAACAGAACACCCUUGGAAAAUGUCUUCAGAAGGCCAAAAUGUGGUUUCACCAAAUUUUGGCUUGCCUUUGAGUAUUACAAUAUGAUUGAAGCAAAGAUCCCAGCGUUCACGAUGGACUUUGUUAGAUGGUUACAAGGCAAGAAACCCAUGAUGGUCAAGUUAAAUCACAAAAUCAAGAACAUGGUCUACACGCUGAAAUACUUCACAAACAACCAAUGGGAGUGGACCAAUGAGAACACAGCAAUCCUCUCAGCGGCUAUGAGCGAGGAAGAUAGGAAGGUUUACUUCACCGAUAUAAGACCGCUUCAUUGGCCGUCAUACAUAGAGACCUUCUGCCUUGGUACAAAGAGAUUCGUUCUCAAUGAAGACAUGAAAGACCUCCCAGCGGCACGCAGUCGUAUCAGAAUGUUUCGUAACAUCCGAUGGACGUUCAACACCGUACUCAUCCUCAUCGUCUGGCGCAUCCUCAUCGCCCGAUCACAACUCGCCCGUAACAUCUGGGCCUUUGUUAUGAAGAUGUUCUUCGGUUUUCUACGUUAUGGUCGAGUGACGAGCACCGUUCCUAAUACUCACCGGUGACCGUCACGCUUUUUCCUUUGGUUUUUUUCUGUGGCGUUCCAUGCGAGAUGAGAUGAAGGUCUACCGCUUUAAUUCUGCCAUUCCAUCUCAGAUUGACAUUUAAGGAGAAUAUCACCCUGAUGAAAGGUUUGUAAUGAAAACACUAGAAAGAAAAAUAUUAGUGAAGGUUGCGGAGAUUCCAUCAAAGAUGGAUAUAAUUAUUCCAUCAAAGAUGAAUAUAAUUAUUAGAAGUUGUAAUUUUUGAUUGACGUCAUAUACGAGCAGCUACCCCAUAUGUAAUGUAAAAUGGAUAAAUUGCCAUUUUUUAAUGGUUCAUGAUAAUUACAUUCCUUGUUUCUUUCAGGAGCAUUGCUAUAAUGCUCAAUAUUGUAAUAUCUCAGGGCUUUGAGCCAUGAGCGUACCACUUGGGAAUCGAACCCGGGUCACCGGAAUCCGAAACCCCCGCUCUACCGACUGAGCUAUCGCGCCUCCCUAAAUUUCAUUCUCAAGUGCCUCACUUGUUUAAGAUAAAUGUUUAGAAUAGUGAAAAUAAUAAUCAUAGAUAUUAUAGAUUAUAAUUAAAACAGAUUUAAAUAUAAUUAGUACACCACUAACUGUUACCAAAUUACAUAUAAAUACAUAUGUGAGUCUAUAUUUUAUCAAUGCCCUUUACAUUGGUAUUAAUAGACAUAUAUAACAAUGCUUCUGUGUUAUCAUGAGCAAUAGUUAAUACAAAUGCUAAUUAAUUUGUAACUAAUUAGGUUCAUUCCAAUUGGAAGUUCCAAUUGGUUCCAAUUAAAACUUAUUGGUUUCAAAUGGAACCAGUUUCCUCCAUUUGGUUUCAACUGGAACCAAUUGAAACCAAUUGAAACCAGUUGCCUCCAAUUGGAUUCAACUGGUUUUAAUAGGGAAAUUGGAACAACUGGAACCCACUGAGGUGCAGUUGCCUAAUUGGUUUCAACUGGAACCGAUUGAACCAAUUUCCAGCUGGUUCCAGUUGCCCAAUUGGUUUUAACUGGAACCGAUUGCAUGACCACUGGUUUUGAACCAGUUGUUCCAAUUUCCCCAUUGAAACCAGUUGGCCAACUGGUUUCAAUUGGUUUCAACUGGAUUUUGGUCCUGGGAGACUUCCAAGCACUAUCUAGAAUAUGAAGAGUCUUAAGACAUUCCAAUCAAGUGUCAAGCAUUACCUAUUUACACAAGCAUAUUAGAGAAGUCCUUAUUUUUUCCUUCUAUGAAUGUUAUGUUUGAUGACUAUUAUUGUGAAUAUUUUCAAUGUUUUUGUUUAUGUUAUUUAUAGUGCCUUGAGUAUAAUGAUUCAUUAGAAAGUGCCAUUAGAAAUAUUUAUUAUUAACAUUAUUAUCAUCAUUCUAGCAGGAAUAUAUGACAAUACUACAUAGUAAAAAUACUGCAUCAUGGGUAAGAAUCUGGUAACUAAAUGAGUACUGUAUUUAUAAUCUCAUACUGGCAUUAUUCAGUGUGAACAUGAUACAUUAGCUUUAAAGAAAGUUUGAACAAGAAAUUAAUAUUUUUAGGUCAGGGUAUUUUGGCUGUUGUAUUUCAACCAAUUUGGGCCCAUAACACAAAGUUUAGCAAUCAUCGUAGAAGAAUAUCAUUACGAUUGAUUGCAUUGACUUCAAUUAAUGUUCAAUCAAUCGUAAAAAUCAAGUAUAUAUAUGAUCAAUCGCUAACCUUUGUGUUACGGGACCCUGGUAUUGACUUAUUAGAUUUAUCAGAGCUGCCACGUAGUACUGGCUUUCAGUAAUUAUUACUGAAAAAAAUGAGAAAGAGUGCUGGUGGUUUCAUGCAAAGUAAUGAUUUCUUAAGUUUCAGUUUAUGUGUAGUCCUAUGGUAUUUUUGUGAAAAUACUGAAUUCCUCGCCAAAAUACUGAUUUUUCAGCCUUUAAAAUACUGAAAUGAUCUUGAUCAGGUUGGCAUCUCUUUUGAUUUAUAAGUGUUGCUUUACCGUAUAUGUUCUUUGUUUCUGUUUUUUUUUUCUUUAAUCACACCAAGCCUACCAGCAGGUUUAAAUCAGAGCUGAUCAUGUUUUGACUGUAAUUCGUUGUUUUGAUUCGCUAUGUCACUUUGAUGUAAUUAUAAUGUCACUUAGAUCUGCCUCAUAUGUUUUGUAUAACUUUAAUUGAAUGAAUCUUUAUUGAACGAAUACAUUAAUGGAUCAGUGUAGGAAUAACAAGACAGAUAUAUUGUAUUGGACAUAGUAAAUGAGAGAGCCCAGGACAUGGUCACUUAAAGUGGCUCAAGUAGGGCACAUUAACAUGUAAUAACAGUAGCAUAAGUACCAAGAUGAAAGUAUAUUUAUAAACAACUAAACAGCAAUUCUGAUGGAAAUAGUUGGUAUAGCAAAUAUUAAUUUCAGAAUUAUUUUGUUCAUUUGUUAUUGAAAUAUGCCUCGGGUAACGAAACAAUUUGUAGCUUGCAAUUGUAGAUUUGAACUUGUAUUUUUAGGGGAGUCUUCACUUCCACGAUGCAUGUCAGAUACAAAAAAAAAAAAAAAUUGUCAAACGCUCUUCAUGACAAUGAACAACUAAGAAGUUUUAGUCGAAAAUUGGUGAAUUAAAGAAUUUUUUUUAUAUGGCGGCAUGUGAAAAGUGAGCAGGCGCUGCCAGAAUUUCUACUCCGCUCCAAAUCUUGAGCAGCAACCAAGCAAUGCCCCAAAAACCAGUGGUGCCCGGACAGUCACCGCUCUGUGCUCGGGUGAAAUUGGCUAAAAACUUGCCGCCAAUUUGCUGAGCAGGGUAAUUUUGGGGAUUGUGACUGUAGACCAGGGUUGUGAUAAAAAACGUUUUUUAUUAAAAAAAACAAAUAAAACGUUUUUUAUUGUUUUAAAACGUUUUAAAUUGUUUUAAAACGUUUUUUUUCAUCGAAUGAUGCAAUUUUCCAUAAAUCAAUUAAACUUUAUAGUCUGAUUUAUGUUUUAAAUGCAUUUUUGGGGUAAGUAAGAGAUGACUACAAUUUUUUAUACUGAAUUUUUAUUUUAAAAGUUCAUAUUUUGCCCCAAAUUUCUAAACAAUGGAAAUUGAAUGCCU